AUGAUGAGCUUUGGCUACAGCUUAGGCGAUUUCUUGGCCAUCCUUAAGCUUGCAAACGACUUGCGGAAACAGUUUCGAGAUGCUCCGAUACAAUACAAAGAGGUUGCAGAUGAUGUCAGAAAACUUUCCAAUGUGCUCAGAGUCAUUGAAGACUACAAGCCUGACCACAGCUUGAGUGAUCAGCAAACAGAAUCCCUAAAAGUGCUUUCUCAGAACUGCGGAGAAGUACUGAAGCAAUUACGCGGCACCCUUGAGAGAUAUUCACACGUGAUGGGUGCCGACCACAGCACAAAAGUUCGGAUUCAGCGAGCAUGGAAGAAGAUCACAUGGGAUUCCAAAGAAGCCAUCUACUUUCAUGAGAAGAUUGACUCGGAGAUCACUCACUUCAGCCUUUUCCUGAAUGAGACGAUCCUGCAGGUGGUUCGAGAAACCAGAAGUAUGGUGGCUUCAUGUACGAACGGAGUCAAUCAGAUGCUUAAGUUUAGUGAGGACAAAAAGCGCUUGAAGAUGCUCAAUUGGCUGUCAUCAAAGAAUAAUGAAGUCACACACGCCAAAAUUUGGAAUGAUAGACACGAAAACACCGGCCAGUGGUUCUUAGACACGGACAGGUUCCGAAAGUGGCUCGCUCAAGAUUCUGACACGCCUCAAGAUGAGCGUACGCUUUUUUGCUUUGGGGAUGAGGGAGCCGGCAAGACUUUCAUAUCGGCAAUUGUGGUCGAGGAACUGCGACGUCACCUAGAGUCCCAUGAGACUGUCAAAAUCGCUUUUUUUUACUGUGAAUUUCAGGAAAGACCGACCAUUGACGCGGUCCUUGCAAGUUUGUUAAGACAACUACUGCAAGAAAACAUGUCACCGUUAAGUGGCCUGGAAUCUCUUUUUGGUGCCUUGGAGAAGAAGCAAAGACGCCCUACAGAGAAUGAACUUUUCGCCCUUCUGGAUUCAGCCGUCUCGCCUUUCUCACGGGUCUUUUUUGUCGUUGAUGCCAUAGAUGAAUGCCGAUGGCCUGGCGAAUUUGCAGAAAAUUUGAAGAAUUUCUGUGGCUCUCUCCAGAGAAGGCAGAAUCUUGGUCUCCUUGUCACAUCUAGAUCAAUACCUUCUGUUCAAGAGAUCUUUCAGAACAAUCCAAGGAUAUUGGUACGCGCGCAUGAAGACGAUAUCUCGACGUGCUUGGAGAGCGGUUUGAGAGGAUUUCGGGCCAUUCGAGCAACACCCGAACUUCAGUCGGAGGUCAUUUCCACUAUUACAAAAUCAGCUGACGGAAUAGUACUUCACUGCAGGUUUCUCCUUGUUGGACUUCACCUCGAAUCUCUUCAGGGGUGGGAAAAGGCAACUGCAAAAUUGAUUCGAGACAAAUUGAAGUCGCUUCCUACUACUCUGGAGAAUGCAUACAGAGAAAGAAUGGCGCGAAUCGAGAACCAACCCCCAUUUUCGACCAAGAUAGCGAGAUUAGUUCUAGCAUGGAUCGUCUGGGCUACAAAACCACUAAGAUCAAUUGAGCUACGGCAUGCUCUAGCCACCGCUCUUGGAGAGGACAGUUUCCACGAGGAAAAUCUCUUGGAAAUCGAUGACAUUAUCUCCAUGUGUGCAGGUAUGAUUGCCGUUGAUGAGCAAAGUGGCAUUGUUCAACUACGACAUUACACAAGAUAUGAGUUUUUCAAAAACAACUGGACUGAGUUCUUUCCGGACGCUCAUGGUCACCUUGCAAAUACAUGUAUCUCAUACUUACGCCAUGAAACACUCCAAUUUGGGCUUACUACCUCUCAGAGUCAGUUUCAAGACUAUCUUGAACGCUUCCCACUUUUCCAGUACGCGGCCAAGAAUUGGGGCUAUCAUGCACGGAUAUCCUACUCAGAAGUGAAAGAUUCAGCGCAAGGAUUUGUUCAAAGCGAGAACGCUAUUUUGCAGUCUCUCCGGAUCCUGUUUCCCCAUCGUUACAAUUGGCGAAGCAAGCAGCAGAGUUCAAUUACAACCCCACCACUACAUCCUGCAGCAUACUUUGGCCUUACAGAAUGUCUACGUUACUUUCUUGCCAAAAACUUAACUUGUGAUGCACUAGAUGAUUAUGGCCAAAGCGCAUUGCACUGGGCUGCUCAAAAUGGACAAGUGGAAGCUGCUGAACUGCUGUUGAACCAUGGCCUUGGAGUCAACUGGGCGGACAAGGAAGGAAAGACAGCCUUGCACUAUGCUGCUGAUCAAGAUGAAUUACGUUUGAUAACGCUCCUUGUGCGAUACAAGGCAGAUAUGGAGUACACAGACAUGGAUGGCGAGACACCUCUUCUCACUGCAGUAAAGAAACUCAAGCUUGAGCCAGCUCAAGAGCUUGUGAAUCUUGGGGCCUCAAUAGAAGCUACGGACUCCUGUAAUCGCAGUGCACUGCACCUAUCAGCUAUCGGGGGAAAUCACAGCAUUCGCAUCACCAAAUUUCUUUUAGCCAGAGGCGCUUGUUCUGAGAUAUGUGACGUGGAGAACAUGAUUCCAAUGCACUACGCCAUCCGCAAUGGGUCCACAGCAACAGUAGAGGCCUUGAUUCAAGCAGGAGCAUGUGUCAAUCACGGCAUCCUAAGGAAGAGAUGGCAUCGAACAGAAGGAUGUGGCCGACGGACUUAUGAACUCUCACCCAAUGACAGAAAUGCUCAUGGACCCAAGACUUCUCAUGGCCUGACUCCGCUUCACUGGGCAGCGCUCAUUGGGGACCCGAAAAUGGUCCAAUACCUUCUUUCUAAAGGGGCCGACCCUAAUAAGUGUUGCCAGGAUGGCCAGACUCCGUUACACCUUGCCAUUCAAGAAGAUAUUGAUUCAAAUCCCAAUGAUGCUUGGGCAUCCCCCGCAUGGCGGAUUGAAAUUCUCAGCGACUUGGUUGAAGCUGAAAGUGAAGAAGCCAAUGAUGUGCAUCGACGGGUGUUCAAAAUACGCUCAAAUGUAUUGGAAAUUCUUAUAUCGGAUCCUAGUACUGACGUCAAUCUGCAAGACGAGCAACUGCAAGCUCCUUUGCAUUUGAUUGCGUCUGGUAGGGGUGAACCAAUGGUUUAUCUCUCAAAACUGAUGAACAAGAAGCCCAAUAUCUCAAUUCGCAACCGCAAAGGGCAAACCCCUUUACAUCUUGCCAGUCGCACCGGAAAAUUUGAAAUGGUCAAAGAGCUUCUCGCUGCAGGUGCAUCAGUUGAAGUUCUAGAUAAUGAAGGUCUCAGUCCCCUUCAAUACUGUAUUCGCUCCGGAAAAUCCUUCGCGGCCGUUGUCGGACUUUUCUUAAAAUACUAUAACAUGGCUCGGUUGAAUCCGUGCACUCAGACAGAUGGAAGCGGCAGGAAUAUAUUGCAUCAUUAUCUUCGAGAAGAUGGCGACUCCAAAAAGCUAAUUCGCACGCUGCUAAAACAUGGCGCGGAUGUGAACAAACUUGAUAAAGAAGGCAAUUCACCACUCAGCCUCUAUCUACGGUCAUCUGACCUGAAGAUCAACAAGGCCUCAAUUUGUCGCUUCCUGCUCAAAAAGGGUGCUUCUGUCUUGUGGUCUGAUGAAUCAGGGAGAAAUCUGGCUCAUAUAUCGAUGCUGGCUUAUCCUUGGACGCCACAUGAUGAAGUCAUUUUGAUCCUGAAAAAUUUCGGUGUCAAUGUGAAAGCAAAAGAUGUGAAUGGCAGAGGCAUAACUCAUUAUGGGGCGAUGAAUGGAUCGAUAACCCAGGGAAUCAUUGAUAUGUUGGAAGAGAGCGGUUCCCAGGGCCUACAUGAUCGGGACAACUGUGGCAGAACGCCUCUUUCAUACGCGCAAGGAGCUAGGCUGCAUCAUCAGAACGACGGAUUUCGGAAAUCCAGAUGGGAAUCAGCUGUCAAUGUCCUGGUAAAGUGCAAAAGAGACUGA